CGACCCCGAAUCCGACGAUAUAAAAAAAGAUUGGAAAAAAAAAUUCAUUGACCGGAUUAAAAGUUCAUCAUGUUAUAAAAAGACUAAACCUUCCUUACCUAAUUCUACAGAUCCUGAAUCAUGGAAAAAAUAUAGAAUAGACCUUUCUGAAUAUUUGGAACAUUCCAUGUGUUUAGAACCUAUUUGUUCUGAACUAUCCCUUAUCGAUAUUUUAAUAUCGGAAAAUUCCGGUUAUGAUGACAAAGCCAUAAUCAAUGAAUAUGCAAAAACAGUGGUAGACAGUAAAAAUACACCUAAAACCAAGCUUUCUAGGGAAAUUGACACAAAUCCAUAUUCCUACUACAAAAAUGUAAGAAAGAAAAGUCGUAAUAUGAGAUUUGCUAGAAAUUUGCUUGCCGCAACAAAACAGUUAGGAAAUUCUAAAUACGAUUUCUUUGAACGAGCAAGAUUUUCGAUGUCAAUUAUUACUGAUAAGAAUAUUACACCUAUCAUAGAUGAAUAUAAAACUAUUAUGCAUAUUUAA